CACAUCCUUUUUAUCAAGCAAGGCCGGACGACGUAGCCAUACAAUCUGGGUCCCUUUUGGUUUCUCGGCGGACAAUGGUGCAGCUUCAACAUAGGCAGGCGCAGGCCACCGGGGCGCGUGCAUCACGCUUCCGAUGUGUAGUACCGCUAGCUACCGCGACGCUCAGCCCAUCAAACGCCAUAAAAAGCGUUGCUAAGGCCCCAGCUGUGCGCGAUGCUGAAUACACGAAGAAGGUCAUUGGGGAGGAGCAGAAGUACGUGCUGCAGACGUAUGCCCGUGCUCCUGUUGUCAUCUCACACGGGAAGGGAGCCAAGAUGUGGGACAUAGAGGGCAAGGAGUACAUUGAUAUGGCAGCCGGCAUCGCCGUGAAUGCGCUCGGCCACAGCGAUGCGCAGUGGUUCGCGGCGCUUGCUGAGCAAGCCGAGAAGCUCGCCCACACCAGCAACCUUUACCACACGGAGCCCCAGGUAGAGCUGGCGAAGCGGCUGGUGGAGAACUCCUUUGCUGAUAAGGCGUUCUUCUGCAACACCGGCACGGAGGCCAACGAGGGCGCCAUCAAAUUCGCCCGCAAGUGGGCUCGCGUUCAGGCUGGCGUUGACCCUUACUCAGCCGAGGCCACGGCGCCUUACGAGCUGGUUUCCUUCACAUCUUGCUUCCACGGCCGUACCAUGGGCGCCCUUGCGCUCACGUACAAGGAGCAGUACAAGACGCCCUUCUAUCCCAUGAUGCCCGGACACCGGCUUGCAGAAUAUAACAAACUGGACUCUGCUCGUGCUGUCAUCGAGAAGGGGAAGACCGCAGCAGUCUUUGUGGAGCCGGUUCAGGGCGAGGGCGGCAUCACGCCCUCCGAGAUUGAGUUCCUGAAGGGGCUACGGCAGCUGUGCGAUGAGGCAGGGGCGCUGCUGGUGUUUGACGAGGUGCAGUGCGGCCUCGGACGGACAGGCAAGCUCUGGGGGCACGAGCUGUACGGCGUUGAGCCCGACAUGAUGACGCUGGCCAAGCCCCUGGCGGGCGGGUUGCCCAUUGGGGCGGUGCUGCUGAAGCAGCAUGUGGCUGACGCCAUGAAGCCAGGCGACCACGGCUCCACCUUUGCCGGUAACCCGCUGGUGUGCCACGUGGCCUGCACCGUCUUUGACAUUAUCAACGACCCCGCAUUCCUGGCAGCGGUGGAGCAGAAGGGCGACCGCCUGCGCGAGGGCCUGAAGCGCACCAUGGGCAGCAACCCGCAUGUGAAGGAGGUCCGCGGCGUGGGCUUGCUUGUGGGCGUGCAGCUGGACAUGAUGGCUGGCGGCGUGGUGGAGGCGGCGCGCGACAUGGGCGUCAUGGUCAUCACCGCCGGCAAGGGCGACGUGGUGCGGCUGGUGCCGCCGCUGGUGAUCACGGACGAGGAGAUUGACAAGUGCUGCGAGGUGCUGGGCGCUGCGAUUGCCAAGGUUGCGCCGCAGUGAGGGAUUGCGAUUGGAAAGCGGUCUGGCGAUGUGCGGUGGAGGGAAGGCGGAUGGAUGAGAUGGCAUGUUGGCUGUCCUGCGGUUUUGCUUUGAGCAGGAUGGGCUGGGGUGGUAUUCCGGUAUGGACUUGGCGUUGUUGUAGGGAGGGCACCGGAAAGGGGUGCAGCAUUAGCAAGUAGCCCAAGAGGUUGUCAGUUGUUGCGAAUUGCUUUUGGGGCGUGCCACUAGUACGCCGCCUCGCGAUUAGUUUAUUCAUAUGCGCGAAAAACCGCUGGCCUGGUCGGUGGGUCUACAGCAGUUACAGAGGGAAUGGUGUGAAAGUUGUGGUGAGGAGAGAGGAGUGUCUGCAUGCAUGCACUGGCUAGUACGGCGCAUAGGUGUGCGCUCUUGGUGUUUCCUUCUUGAGGCGGCGCUUACUUGCCUGGUGGGACGUCACACUCCAUGGUUUCUGCCUUAUCAGAGGGAGAUGGGUUGGGCUGUCGACCUGGUACGGCCUGCAGUCCCAAAUGAGGCCUGCUGAAAGGCCAGCACAGCGUUACAAAGGAAAGGCCUCGACCACUUUGUGCUGUUGCGUAGUGUUCCAUUCGGAAGUGUGUUAAGUCCUAGCUUUAAGUUCGGUACGAUGCUGGAAGCACUGCAGUGUGCAACAAUGUGACAUGUGCUGGCGGUUUCUUUAUGGGUUGGCAUCCCGUGGCCUACCUCCUGGCCCGCGUGCCA